UAGAUAAUUUAUGUAAUUCAAAUACUAUUUUAAUGCAAACCUUAUGUUUAAGAUUUGGAUGUGUGGUGGGAAAAUGGCAAACAUUCCUUGUUCUAGAGUAGGACAUGUUUACAGGAAGAACGUACCUUACUCGUACCCAAAACCAAAUGCCGUUGUGAUUAACUUUCGACGAGUUGCUGAAGUAUGGAUGGAUGAUUACAAGGAGUGGUUAUAUGAGCGAAGACCCGAGUUGAAAGAAGUUAAGGAUUAUGGUGACAUCAGUGAUCGAAUUGCUAUUCGAAAAAGAUUGAAAUGCCGUAGUUUCAAGUGGUACAUGCAGAAUGUGUUAAAUGAUACGGUUCGACAAAACUAUGAACCUCUUCGUGGCUCUGGAUUGGUAAGUUGUAUACUUUUCCAAUAUUCGAUUUUACUGCUACCAAAUGGCCUAAAGAAAAAAAUUGGCACUAACUGAUAUAAAAAUCAGGAUGGGAUGAAUUUAACUUCUAACAAUUUCGAAGGGAGAAUGUUUACCAAUCUGGUACCCCAAUCAUGCCAUCCUGAGGCUAGCGAGUCUCUGGGCAGUAAUGCGAUUCUGAUUGGUUGGUUAUUUAUUUCCGGCACCCAGUCUUCUUAACCCUGUUCUGCAGUGCUAGAAUAAAUCAUUAGUCUUUUUAGUGGUGGAAAAGUAGUAACAUAAGGGCCGAUCAAGCCGGAUUCUGGGUGUACUGCAAGGUAUCGCAUUGGGAGGUGGUGGGCGUGGAUGAUGACACCACACUCACUUGGUGUGCAUAACGUCAUCGUAUAACAAAUGUUGGUGCAUCCAUCAACAAAAUUGAACAUGCUUUCAUGACAAACAAAAAAGUGAACCGCUACUACUUGUACGUUUCUUAUGCAUUUAGAGACCGUAAAAUAUUGUUUCUCGUAAGGCAUAGGGUUAGUUUUUUUGUGGGGUUAUAGCGUAUAUCACAUAUGCUAAUGGCAAUAGCUUUUUCCAUCGGCGUUUCCAGUCUGCUCUUCUUGAUUGGCAAUUUAUACUCUGAUAGGGUGCUGAUUUCUUCGUGUACUGCUAAUGAAUAUUUGAUGUUUCAUGAAUUGUAUUAUUGACGUCUUUCUAGAUUCGAAAUCCAAUUACAAACUUGUGUCUCGACACAAAAGGAGCAAAGCCUGGUCAGCAGUUGGGAUUGUCAUCUUGUUCGUCAUACAGCUGGACGCAGGUAUUGUCCUAUUCAUUGCUUUUUAAAUUUAUUAAAGUGCCUAUGUCAUAGUUUGGGAAUUAGCCUAUUUAGAUAGUUUACAUGAUUUUAAGAACUUUUGCAAUAUAUUUUAUAAUUCGAAAAUUUGAUCUUCAUGGACUUUCAGGGGCUCAAAGUUGGCGAUUUUUUGCUUAACCGUGAGUGUAAAAGGACUAGGGCGAGAUGCCUAUAAACGCCGGAUGUGACGUCAAACCGGGAACUGAUCAAAACAAAAUACAUAUGAUUUGCUAUAGUUUCUUGAUAAAAUCAUGAUAAAAUGGAGUAUAAAUGAGAUGUUUCUGGAAAUUUCUUCGAUAUUUCGAUUGGAAUUUAAAUGGAACUAUAUCCUUAACCUUCGGUUAUCCAACUGACAGGCAGAUUGGGCGAGAUAAUAAUUUUAUGGUUGAGUGUGCAGGUCAAACACGUAUGCGCUGAUGCUAAUCUAUCUUGAUUUUAUAUACAGAAAUAUCGGGACAAAACGGCAAGGAACUGUAGGCUGUUGUUAAACCCAAUGCAGAAGAAUCUAUUCUCUUUGUCAAUACAGGUCAGAUUGGAAAUUAUUGUGGGCAAAACACCUCGUCCAGGAUCAAUAGAGGCGGCUGAAGCGCCGGUUUGCUUUGAAUUUGGGCGUCAUAGCCGCGUCAGGAUGUGCCGUAAAUAAUUUUGUGAAAAAGUAGGUAAUACGAAUUUUAUAUGAUUUAAAAAGAGAAACUCUGAAGGCAAAGUGAACUUGUUUUAUUAUAUUGACAUGUAUUCAUGAAUUACUGUAAAAGUUGAUAUUUGAAUAAAUUCGUGAAUUAAGCUAGUCUUGCAAAAUCGCCUAAAUGUAAGAUCUAUUAUUAUUGUGUUCUAAAUGUGUUCAUGAAAUCAUACAACUACUAAGGCUACAUUUUUUUAAAUAUGACACAUCUUUAUAUUUCUGAUUCAUGAAUAAUAAAAAUCACUUUCUUAGUAAAAGUAAACUAUAAUAUUUUGAAAAUUAUAAUAUUCCUUUGAGUAUUGUAUUUUUUCGACAUUUGACCUUGUCUGCUAGCAAAAUGCCUAAUGUAAACAAAGCAAGCGAAGGGGCCUAUUGUAUUUCAUGAUUCGCCCAUGCAUUUCUAGGCUAUGACAUGUCUUUACCAUACUCUUUAUCCUAAAGACCUAAUGGAUUUGAUCUCUAAAUCAUAAACAUCUAUUCUUUAUAAAGUUAUAGUAAAUUUUUCAUUAAAUGUGAAAACAUUUUGAAACACUUGUUCUUUGUAUUUAAUAUUCAAUUUACUUGAGGUGCCGAACUUGCCAGCUUGCAGAAACAUGCAAAUAAAACAAGGAAUUUUAUUAUAUUUAUAAAUUAUAAAAUGAUAUUAUGUAUGGUUAUGGGUGUGACAUUAUUGAUUCAUGAGCCAUGGAUCAUUUUGGCAAAUUACGACAGAUCAAUGUAAGUAUAAUCCCUGGAAAUUAUCUGGAUUGACCCAUUGGCAUUGCUUUGGCCUUGCUUUGUUUUCACUUGGCAAUGAAAUGGUUUCAUCGGACAUCUGCUAUAAAGAACUGAACAAAAUUUUCAAAAUGACAAGACAAGUUUGUUCUAUUUAAGGAAGUGAUUUUUACAGUAUGAUUCAAGAAUAAAAAUCUAAAUUUAAAACAAUGUUGCCCAGGACCAUAAAUACAUUUUAUUCUUUCUUUGUUUAUGCAUUUUGCAGGCAAAAGUAGAAUCGCCACUUUUUUCAAAGAUCAAUUUUCUCUUGCAUACCUAUCAGUAACAAUAGAACAAGUUCAGUUUGCCUUGGGAGUUUCUCUUUUAGUUUUAUUAAAAUCACAUAAAAACCGUAUUUAAUCACCUUCUCGCCAAUUUUAUACGACACAUUUUGACGUCCAAAUUCAAGCAAAGUUAGCAAACCAACGCCUCUGACUCUGUAUUGAUCAGUGGACGAGGCGUUUUGUUCACAAUAAUUUCCGCUAUUCUGGCUGGCAUUGACAAAACCGAGGGCAAGGCGAAUAUAUUCCACUGGAUUAGGUUUAACAGCAGCCUACAGUUCCUUGCCGUUUUGUCUCUAUUUCUGUAUAUAAAUCAAGAAACCGAGAUAGAAUAUAUAGCAUCAGCGUAUAUGUAUUUGACCUGCACUCUCAGCCAUAAAGUUAGUAUCUCGCCCAAUCUGCCUGUCAGUUGGAUAACCGUAGGUUAAGGAUAUAGUUCCAUUUAAAUUUCAAUCGAAAUAUCGAAGAAAUUUCCAGAAAGAUCUAAUUUAUACUCGAUUUUGUCAAGAAACUAUAGUAAAUCUAUGUAUUUUGUUUUGAUGACUUCCCGGUUUGACGUCACGCCGGCAUUGUCGCCCCAGUACUUUUAUGCUGGCGGCCAAACGCUCAAAAUAGGCAAAAUCGCCAACUUUGAGCCCCCGAAAGUCCAUGAAGUUCUUAAAAUCAUCUAAACUAUCUAAAUAGGCUGAUUCCCAAACUAUGACAUAGGCACUUUAACAGACCAUCCUAAGAAGGAUGUGUGGUGCCAGACAGUCAUUUUUAGUGUGAAGUUUCUUCGAAACUUCACAGUAUUGUGAUGACUGGGGGGAAAUUCACACGAAUCAGUCAGUCAGUCAUUCAUUCAGUCAGUCAUUCAUUCAGUCAUACAGUAAACUUUCCGGGGGGUGUAUACGAUUUAUGUUCGUAGUGAUUUAUUGUGCUUUGUCAGUACUUUGAAGGUUAUUUAAGCAAUUUCAGUUAACUUAUUUACAUAUUCUGUUAUCCUUUUGCCAAGUUCACAAAAGAAUUCGAGGAAUCGCUUUCGUUAUUGUAAUUUUUUGUAAAUUUUAGAACAUUCACUUCUCAUGUUGUGUAAAGGAUCUUUACCCCGGAACACCCGAUUUUUCUUUAGUAGCGCAAAUGCGCAUGCGCUAUCAAGCCGUAGAUCACGAUGGCGUGACGAUAUGAUAGGAAGGAG